CUCACGACGACAUCAACUCGAUCACGACGAGACCAGCUGGCGUCAGCGCCCAGCCAUCGCACCCGAAUGCCGCUCCUCUUACAGCAUACGGAUGCUAUUCGUGGAUGGAGCUGGUGAAGUCUGCCGAUCGCAUCCCUCCCCCCUCCUCCGACCGCCGGCAAUGACUACCCCUGCCUCGCAGUGCCGCCGUGCUUUCCAGCGCCAGAUUAUUCCGGGCAGAGAUGCAGUGUGGAUCACAGAGGGAUUGCUUAGCAGCACGUUUGAGAGAUUUUGCCGCGUGUCCAGGACUUGGAAUAGGAGGGCCAGCAAUGUCCCGGGACCGCUCGAGAGUCAGCGCCGACUCGGCCGACGACGCAUGGGAGACGCCAGUACCUGGCAUUGUCCGCCGACACCUCCGUCCUGGGAAUUCACGGUGCCACUGAACUUAUCACAAUGGACCUGGAAACCGCCGUCAGCGGCUCGAAGCGCGGAACAUCACCAGUCGCACCAAGAUCUCGAUUCUCACCCGGGGCUCCUGGCCCUGUUGGAUGGAUGGUUGCAAGGGUCGGUGUCCCGCGAAGCUGGCGAGCUACGUACAGCGUCGGCCACUGCUACUUUACCAGAUUCGAGUUCACCAUCCGCGGCUGAUACGCGAGCUUCCCGGCCUUUCACCGCUGACCUGGACGCUUUCCGAUGGGCGGCCGCGCACGCUGACGACAAGGCCUUCGCAUCUCACAGCAACAACAUCUGCCGCCAGCUCCGGCAGCGCAUUAUCCUUGGCGAGGUAUCGCCCGAAGAUCUCCUUUCGGUGUCAGUUGAGAUAUGGGACACGCUGCGAUCGAGGCUGCAGGGGUCACCGCUGGGCCACCGGCUCUCCUUGUCGUUCUGCAGAGCCAUCUUAAGUGGCUUGACGAAUUCCAAGGUUUUCCCCCCUGACAUCUUGGAUGUGCGAUUUUGGGGUGCACUCCUUACCGAGAUGAGCAAGCUUCCGGCCGAUGACACGCUAUGUAAUCUUCUCGUCAAGACCAUGGCGGCUGUGCCAGCGAUCCUUCGAUCCAAUGUUUCCGAGGGCGUCCUUUGUGUUCUGGGCCGCUUCUUUUCCGCGUGGGGUUGUUCCCGGCACGCCCCUAACAAUUUCGAGAUCAAGCGGCUGUUGGACGUAGGGCGACUAGGCAUAUAUGCCGAUAACCCAAAAAAGCUGUCCGCCUUGCCGACACAUCUCCGCCAAGCCAGGGCACUAUCCGAGGCACUUCAUCUUUUUACUCCUGAAGGGACGGAUGGCUUCCUCUCGGCUGCCCAUCGUCUUGCCCUUAGCACGAAGGCCGACCUGCCAAAGGGCCGGCGCGCUUUGCGUUACAGCUGGCUCUAUGUGUUGGCCCAGAUGCCCAACGUCAACCAAGACUUUCUGUUCGAUGCCGCCGCCGGACUUUCCGCCCGUUCAUUACAGAUUACCAAGCCGUUAACGUGCGUUGAGGUGUGCUCGUUACUGUUGACGCAGUGGGCGAGUCGAGAUUACCUUCCCCUCAAGUACACCGUCUAUAAAUCCUACAGAUCGCAUUGCACUUCUGACCGGGCGGCGCUCGCCUCGCUCUUUCUUGCGAUCUUCAACCAUCUAACACCGGGAACGGCGCCUCCUCUUCUCCGCAGUGUCUGGCGGUUCUUGACGAAACUGGGGCGAAAGGACGAGGUGCUAGGAUCACUGAAUUUCAAAGCCGCCAGACACUCGGGACGCAGACAACAAAUUCCAGUGCGGAUGCUGGAAGACCUUGCAUGGACGUCUGACGACCAUAACAUCGCAAUCGCGCUUCGCGACUUGUGGCGGUACAAAAUCAACUUGGAAGACCGACAACCCCAAUUUUACCCGGGCGUCUUCGAGAAAUACCUAGAAGACAUUGUCAAUGAUCCAGACCUCCCCCGCACCAGCCUAAACUACAAACUCCGCCGUCAUCGCGGCACGUUUGGGGUACGGAGAGCAUCAGUUGCGGAGAGAGUAUCUGCGGCGUUCGCCGGUACGCGUCAUCUGACGAGGCGGUCGGCUUUCCGCCACGUCUCGCAAGGUCUCUAUUUCACCAGGGCGAUCAAGGGCAAAGUUCCCACCCCUGUACUGAUGAUUAUAUAUCGCCUCGUCACCCAAGAUCUGUGGCAGAAGAGGCCCGGAACAACAAAACGCUUGUUGUGGUGGCUUAGUCUCGUCGAAAAGGAAUUCGGUGUUGAUGUCGCGUGGGCAUGUCGCCUUCAGCUCAGGCGCUGGAGAAAGAGGCUUGUCCAGCAAUGGCUGGGCAAGAACUUCAUUAGGCGCGAUUGAGCAGGACCAAGGAUGCUAGAGAGAGCAGGGGCAUUGCGGCUUGGGUCCCAUAACGAUAUGGGUGGUAUACACUUCAUACGUUGUGGAUGCGCUGCCAGAGGCAUAUGUCAUUUGAUUGCUCUAGACACAUAUCAUGGAAUGCUCGUGCUAUCACCCAGUUUCCGAAAACCUCGAGGAAUGCUGUAUUCGAGGGCGGUAUUGUUAGCGGAUUGGAGGCUCUCGGAGGCGCUGCAGUC